GUUGGCUUCCCGUCGUCUCAUCCACUGCGCAUUCCCUCCACGCCUCCUAUCGCACUCUGAUCGGAUCCCUUGUAUGCUUUACGUGUUACUUUCGAUGUCGUGAGAUGGUUACAGUUGGCGGCGGUGGCGGUUUUCAGCACUCCGCUCAGGUUCUCUACACACAACGCGACGCAUCCUAUCAACGGCCAUUAGACGUGACUGAGUUCGGUUUGAGUUCGAAGUGAUUUAUCAAUUGUCGCAAAUCUUUUCGCCAUGGCGCAACCACCACCACCACCUCAGACCCAACACUAUGCCCCGUCCUUCUCCCCUCCGGGUACCUCGCCGUCCCCAGGUGCUCCGUCGCCGAGACUGAAUGGUGGUAUUCCUCCGAAGCCACAACAACGCCUCUCUCCUCUCCCACAGUCACAGUCGCCUUACGCCUCUCCCAGCUUCGGCACCCUGCAGUUACCACCAAAUCAAUCCGCACCAUACAAUGCCAAUAAUAUGAACGGCGUUGCGCCCCCACCAACUCCCGCUCCUCCGCCCUCAGGCACGAUGGGUCCUCCGUCGAGACCGGUAGAGAAAGCCACGGACGCUGCUGAGUUGACUGACGUGUUGGCAUCAUCUGGAAUUGAUGUGCGUGAGGAAGAAGCCUUCCUGACCAGCAGCUAUUCUGGGCCGGGCGUUCAAGCGCAACAACCCCCUCGACCUCAGCAACCUCCCCUUCCGCAACAACUUCACCAUCAACCACCUCCUCCCCCCGCCGCAGCCAACACCUCAUUUACUUCUCAAACAUCGACAGCUGGCACCAUUCCUUCCACCCCCAGCUUCGGUGACAAUUCCCAAUACAAGCCACCUACUACACAAGAUUCGUACUACACGGAACCAGCCUCACAACCGCCGGCUCCUUUCAAAGAUCCAAAUGAACCGACGCGGGAGGAUAGCGAAGCGGCCAGGCGUGCGCAGUAUCAUCUGCAGCAUUCAUUCCUUUUGACCAAGGUUUUGGAGCAAAAGUUGCAGAAGCGAGGGUUUGAGUUAGGUGUGCGCAUACCGGCGGAGGGUCUAUACCACCCGGUACCAGGUCGUCAACAGCCUAUCGAGGUGACGGGACCGGAUGGCUCGUCUAUCAUUCGUUCUGGACAGACCAUCUUGAACCAAACAGGUGCUCCCCUGCUUGAUAUUCUCAGUCUCAUGUCAAUCGCCUGUGAGGAGCGCUUGCGCUCUGUUGUGGAUUAUGCCUCUACGUUAGCGAGAAGUCGCCGCGCACACUCCCACGGAGUGGUGCCCACUGAAUGGAAGGAUGUAGCUUCCGCGAAAAGUGCGAUGAAUGGCAGUGCAGAGGUUCCCAGCACCCCAGCCAAACGUCCCAACCCAUCUGAUCCACAGAGCGCGAGAUCUUUGUCUGAUAGAUGCCGAAUCAUCACGGAGAAGGACAAUGCCAGUGAAGAGGCUCGGGCGGCGAAGCGAGCGAAGCGCAGCGCGAGUGCCAUCCUUGGUGACGGUAUGGUCAGCCGAGCAGAGAGCGUGGACAUUCCUGGCUCUGGAGCCUCGACGCCAAUUGCAGAGAAGGCACCCAGCCUUGACAAGAAGGGACUUACCAAGAAGGAGGCUAAGAAGUUGAUGGACGCCAAAGCCAGCGAAGCCCACCAACAUCAACAAUCUGUGGAGACGGCACGAUUGGCGACCAACAGCAUGCUCUCCAGCCGUAUGUUCGGCACAAAGAAAUCAUAUUCUUGGUUGAAUCGUGGACCCGCCGCGAGCAGUGGGUUUUCCACACCAUCACGCGUCAACACGGCCACUCCUACUGCUGGGGGCAGUGAGAAAGCUGGUCGCUCGGGAGAACCGGCACCGGUACCUGCAAAACGACUGGGGACCUGGCGGGAGGACAAGGAGAAGGGCGCCGGCAUCCAGCGUCGGGAUCUUGUGCUAAUGCUCGAGCUCGAUGGGCGUGGGCCUCGUCACUUGCAGAAGGCUUACUCGAAGGACGUGAAGGAGGACCGAGCAGACUGAGAAGUUCAUUUGUUACUGCGCAGGAUCGUGGUCAUUUGGCAAAGUAGGUAGACUCGGCGGCGUUUUGCCAUUAUGUUUCCUUCCGUCUGAUGCAUGAGCGUCUUGAGCUUCUUUUCGUUCUUUCUUUCUCAUGGCGACGACCCGUUUCUUGUUCUUACCGUACAUGUGACGUUCUCGUGACACUCUUACUACCCAUGUCUCUUCUUAAUGAUGCUGAUUUGCUUGCUAAAUAUGGGCUGCUAGCUUUCGGGGAAUGAGUCAAGGAAUGAAGAGGGGCGGGCAAGCCCCGAAUGAAUGAAAAGGAUGGGAAACAUUAAGCUUCCGU